AUGGGCGACCGCAAUUCCUGCCACAACCCUUUAUCUAACUACAAAUGGCAGCUUCGUGAUCCUGCGAAGACAAAUUUAUCCCUUCGUUGUUCAGCACCCCGACAUACUCCAUAUUAUGUGCGCUAUUUGGGCUGCUCAUAUGGGUAUUUGAUCUUGUACUGUGAGGAACAAUGCUUCCUUGUUGAUGUGUACACUAGUACUAUGGUGAAGCCCCGUAAAUUUCGACGCAGUGACAACUCUAAAAUCUACUAUGGCGUCUUUACGGCUCCUCUUAGUUCGCCCAACUCGUGCCUCCUCCUUUUCUCGAGAAAGUAUAUGUUCCGGUGGCAAGUUGGAACAAAGUCCUGGAUGGAGCACCCUCUCGUUGCUGGACGCAUUCAUCAAAUUGUGUCCUUCAAAGGUCAGAUGUUGGCCAUGGACUCUCUUAUGAAGCUCAAUACUAUUUCCUUGGCACCUCAGCUUGGCAUGCCGGAAGAACCACUUGUGUGGGGAGAGGACAUGACCGCUGGCUUGCUUAAAAAACCAUGGUUGGUGGUCCGUGGUGACAUGCUUCUCAAGGUUGACCUCUCAAUACAUGAUCUCAAAUUCUGCUUUCAAGCCUACCGCCUGGACUUAUCAGUCAGACCCGCUAAGUGGGCGAAGAUGAAGAAGUUGGGAAAUUGGGCUCUCUUUCUUAGCCUUGAUAGGAGGAGCUCUACAUUUUCUUGCUUGAACCCUGAAAGAUGGGGCGGGAAGAGUAAUUUCAUUUACGUUCUGCGCAGAUCCAAAGAUUCCAACGAACCUUGGAUUGAGGUAGAGCUUGGUCAGUUCAUGUCCAGGAGAUCCCAUCCCAUUUCAUACAUUCUCGGACGCAAAGGCAAGCAGCUGGAGAGCUUCUGGGUGCUCCCCAGUUUGGUGUAUGGUGUCAACAAGUGA